CUUCUGUAUCUAUCGAGCCUCAAGUUGGAGUUGUGAGCUAAGGCUCAACUCCACCAGCUUCAACAUGUCGACGGUUCAGCGCUCUGGCACGGUGCAACGCUCUGGGACGCUACAGCGGUCAGCCACUCGCAAGGCGCCCGCCAAUAGCGUGCCGGCUCCCAAGAAGAAGACAUACGAGGAUGCCCAGCAAGGUAUCAAGGAGAUCAACCCGCCAGAGAACACGACGACUGUUCCUGAUGUAGAGUACGAGUCCGCUUGGGUUGGCGCACUCAAGGUCAAGCAGACCAUCGGCAACAUCGCCGAUGGCCUGCUGGGCGCUCUCGGGAGCGUCCGGAAGAACUACCCUCGGAGACCCAUAGUGUUCAUUGCGCACUCGAUGGGUGGCCUAGUAGUUGCAAAAGCAAUUGUGCUGGCCGAUACUCGCAAAGACAAGUAUCCCAAGAUUUUUGAAGCCAUAACAGGCGGGAUCUUCUUCGGCACGCCGUUUGGUGGAACUGCUGUGGCACAAGCUGCCGCCAUGUAUGCAUACAUGGCGGAGAAGGCAGGAGCGGCAUCUGCAUCGAAGCUGCUUACCCUCAUGGAAAAGGACAACGAAGAACUUCGCGAUCUCGUCCAUGAUUUAAUGCGCUUGACCACAAAGAUCACACCCAAGGUGGAGCUUCUUUGUUUCUACGAACAAGAGCAGACCGAUUUCUCCAAGAUGGCGGGUCUCCCUAGCGUCUUCAGCUCCGUCGUCAAGUUUGCGAUACCGAAACAAUUUGCCGACUUCGUUACACGGGAAUCUGCGAUCCUCCAGGGAGUCGAGAACAGAGGUUUGGCAUGCAACCACCGUGACCUUGUCAAAUUUGACAGCCCAAAGGAUGAGAGGUGGCUGCAGUUUGUCAGAGAUCCCCUCAAAAAAGUCAUUCAAGGAGCGCAGCUUUCAGCCAAGGGCCGCUUCAAAUCGAAUCGCGAAGUCGACCCUGCCCUUAUCAAGAGCAUCACAGAAGCGCUCGACGGAGCACAAGUCCAGAAGAAACGCAGAACUCUUGCCCAAACAUUUGCCCCCUCGUCCUGGAUUCCCAAGGAAGCUGAGUAUCUGGAGUGGCUAGGGCCCAAGACUACGCGGGCGGCGGAGGAUGAAGAUGAGGCACCCAAGCUUGCCGCAGGAGACUGCAUCUGGAUCCGUGGCCGCGAAGGUCGCGGCAAGACCAACGCAACCAUGGCCGCUCUCCAGGAAAUUGAGAAGGCGAUGCAAUUGAACGAGGAAGAUAACACGGGCGAGGACCCCAUUCUGCUCGCGUACUUCUUUUGCGACGCUCAGACAGAUUACUGCACUGCUGAAGACGUCCUCAAGUCCAUCGUCUUACAGCUCGUCAGCCAGCAAGAAACACUUGCUGCGUACGCCAAGGUCUUCAACAAGAAGAAAGCACCAAAGCCGGAUGCCAACAAUCCGGUACAGCAGCCGACAUCACAGCAGGCUCAGGUCACCAUUGAAAAUCUAUGGCAGACUCUUCAAGAUAUGCUCUCAGACGAGUUCAUUGGCAGUCGCGUGUAUUUCGUCCUCAACAACCUCCAUGUCCUACCGCCUGAGGCCGAUUCUACUAUCAAGCUCAUGCGGUUCCUCUCGGCCGAGCUCGAAAACAUUAUGAGUGGAGACUCAAGACAUGUUCGCACGCGAUGGCUGAUCACGAGUAGGGAAGCUCACGGGAUUCAACAAGCUCUGAACUUCAGCGGAGUGCGGCUGAUAGACCUGGAAGACAGCAAAUACGAGAACCAGGUGCAGCUCGAGCUACGCAAGCAUGCCAGAAAGAAGAUUUCUGCCCUGGGAAGCGAGAAAAACUACAACCAGGCACUGGCUUAUUUCGCAAGCAGCUUGAUUGGCAAGCGGGCACAGAAUACACAGUGGAUCGACAUAACCUGCGUCCAGCUUAGCGUGCUCGCCAAGGAAGAGAGUGAUCUCCGGGUCCGCAGAGUGCUUGAGAAGAUGCCGGAGGAUCUCAACACACUGUUGAACCGCAGUUGGCAAACGUUGUUUGCCCCGAAUGAUCUGGACGUGGAGAAGAUCCAGGAAAUGCUUCGUGCGCUCGUUCUCACGUACGAAGACCCAACUGAGUCUGAGCUAGAAGUACUCGCUGGCUUGGCCUCGACCGACCACGACAAGGCGGAGCUGCGCAGGUUGAUUGAAAUGUGCAAACCUUUGCUGGUAGUGCAGCGGACGAGCAGAGACGAGUCGACAGUCUCGUUUCUGAACAUUGUCGUGAAGACGCACUUGCGCGAGAACGCAAGCGAGCUCCUAGGACUGUCUGAAGAAGGAACAAAGUGGCAGCAUGGUGUCCUGGCUCUGCGCUGUUUUGAGUACUUGAAGGAGAGCUUUGAUUUCCCGGAUCCUGAACCUGAAGCGGCUGCAGAGGAGGAGGCUUCGGACAAUGAUGAUGACACGGUUGAUAAUGACGGUCAUGAAGAGGAGGAAGAUGGCGAAGCAAACGAGGGAGAGGAUGUAGGUCACGAAGAGCAAGCUGACGACGGCGUGCAGCAAGAGGAAGCUUACGCCGAGCACGAUCAACAGAGCGCGGUUGAGCAGGUCGACGACGAUGCAGAAGAUGAUGCGGCUUCAGUGGAAAGCGGCUCCAGUUGGUCUGGCGAGGACGAAUACGAGACUUACCAGAGCGAGGAUCAGUACGAAGACCCUGAAGUCACCAUGGUGCGGAGCAGGAGUUUGUGGUACACCGUCAAGCACUGGCUGCACCACGCCAGUAAAGCGACACUCGAGAUUGCGGAGGACUUGAGUCUCGAGCACGACUUCUGGAAACCAGAUUCCAGGAUACGAAGGCGCUGGAUGAUCGCCUUUUGCGAGAGUACCUCUACCUUCGACGACUUUGACCGCACAAAACUAACGGGGUUGCAUGUGGCGGCGGCUGUUGGCUUCCGAGCCUUGGUGGAAGCUUUGAUUCGCAAUGGACAUGAGGCAGAGAUCACGCAGCGCGAUGAGUUGUUCAAUAGUCCGCUGCAUUUCGCUGCCCAUCUAGGUCGCCCAGGGAUCGUGGAGGAAUUACUCAACCGUGGCGCACCCGUCGAUGACGCUACGGAAGAGCGAGAGCAGACUCCACUCCAUAUGGCUGCUUUUGGUGGCCAUAUAGAGGUCAUGAAGAAGCUCAUCAUACGUGGCGCCAACCCGAAUGCAUGGGGAGCUGACAUCGGCCCAGUCGUCAACGCGGCAAUAUCCUCAGGAAACCGUGCAGCUGUCGAGCUUCUGGUCGAGCAUGGCGUCUCCUUACAUAUGGAGAACGAUGACAGCGAUAACCUCUCUCCGCUUCCCUACGCAGCGUGCCUCUCGGAUCCCCCGAUGUUCCAGUACCUCAUCGAAAAGUAUGCAGACCGUUUGCCAGCCGAAGAGUUCAGCAAAGCUCUAGUCACUGCUGCCGGGUCCGGAAGACUUGAAGUUUUCAACAAGCUGCUGGACUUCCAGCACUCACAAGAAUUCUACCAGCAGGCGAUAGACACUGCUGCCGUCGAAGGGAAUUGGGAGGUGGUCAUGGUGCUUCUUGAACAUUGUCAGAACUUGAACUGCGAUGAGGGCUUCGUCCUGGCUGCCACAAGCUCCGAACCUCAAGAAAAAGUCCUGCAAGCAAUCUGGAAGCACGCGACUUGCCACGUCUCGAAGGAAGCAUUGGAGCGAUCUCUUUAUGAAGCUACCGAUCUCGAGAAGACCGACACAGUGAAGUUACUGCUAGAAGAAUUCAAGGUGGACCCGAAUGCCACAGGCCCCGAAUAUGGAAAUGCACUCACAGCCGCAGCCUUUGACGCGAAUAUGGAACUGUUGCAGAUGCUGUUGGCAGCAGGCGCAGACGCCAACUCGCCUCAUGGAUGGGCAAUCCAGAUAGCUGCGUCCGAGGGUCACUACGAAAUUGUGGAAGAGCUGCUCAAGCACAAUGCAGAUGUGAACGCCUGUACCACGAAUGAGAAUUUUGCCGCUGGCACGGCGCUUCAAGGGGCGUGCGAGGCGAGCCGAACCGAGAUCGUGGCGCUUCUGCUCGAGAAGGGCGCCAAUCCGGACAGCGGCUCUGGUGACGCCGCGCCGCCGAUCGUUGCUGCUGCCAAGCAGGGUGAUUGCGAGAUUUUGGAACUUCUCGUCAAGGCCAAAGCUGCGGUCAACGUGUUUGGUGGCUACGACACCUCGACACCGCUGAUCAACGCAGCCUUGUACAUGCCAAACUCGUCUCUGCAGCUUCUGCUCGAUGCGGGUGCCGAUAUCAACCUCGCCGAUAACGAUGGAGAUACUGCUCUGAUCGUCGCAUCCUGGAGAGGAGACACCGACACAGUUAAUUUCCUACUCGACAACGGGGCUGAUAUUCUCCAUGUGAGCAAGAGGCAUGAGAAUGCCCUCCAGGGUGCGGUGGAUCGGGAGCAGUGGGAGUGCGUCAAGAUCCUUGUUUCUCGGCUGUCCGUUUUGCUGGGUGCCGUCAAGUCUGCCAUGGACUCUGGGAAUACCGAGGUGACACGGGUGGUCCGAAGCGCCGUGACGAGCAAACAGGAGCUCGACUAUGAUGGCGAGGCUGCCGGCUCCGAAAUUGACACCCCCGGUGUUGAAACGCCACAAGUCGAGACUGCUCGUGCUGUGGUGAUUUCGUCUCCGCCAUCGACUGGGUCCAGCCAAGAAGGGGCAGCACGGGCACCAGAAAGGAAGACUCCAAUGGACGAGCAGAUGGCGCAUGGAGCUGCUUUCGUGGAGAGUGUCCCGACCUACUUCCCACCUCAGGUUACACAAUCGCAGCCUAUAGACCGCGAGGGCUACUCGACUACCAACGGCUCAAAUUCGACCAUUCCCAAUUCCGAGGCACUGACGGCGGAGUUGGACCAGGCUCUAGGUCACCAGAUCCAUCUCUAUAACCAGCUUACGUCUUCAAGACAGGCGACACCACCACAAGAGGAAAACCCGCAAGCCCGCCAACAGCGAGCACCAAACUGGGGCGCGCAGGACUCAGAAGUCAUCUCGUGGAAGCAGCCGCAGGUUGCGAACGAGCAGACUUCUUCUGGUGCGACUGGCCAGCCCCUUCCCAGCAAUGGGUACAGCAGCAGUUCUCAAGUACCGGCCGAGACCCCUUCGUCACAGCAUGCGGAGGUGGCGCCGCCGCCCGCCAACCAGCCAGCUGCUGCACCCAUGCCUGGAUACUACUAUGAAUAUGAGAAUGAGGUGGCCUCGCCAGUUCAGCCCAGCGCCCAACCCCAAGAGGCCGCGCCGGCACAAACGUACAAUGCAUAUCAGCAGCCGGCAGCGGCAGGUCCACCACCCACAUCUUCGCUGUAUGACGGGACAGAGUAUGGCGGCAGCCCCUUCUCGGCGUAUCAGCCAGACACCACGGCAUACAACGGCACGGGCUAUGCAGGCCAGAACACCCAGGCUGGUGGCCAGCAGCAAGGCCAGUACACGCAGUGGUACCAGCCGCACAAUGGAUAUUAUGGUGAGCAGCAACAGCAACAGCAGUAUCAGCAGCCAUAUCAGCAACAGCAACAACAACAGCAGUAUGACGGCAGUGGGUAUGUGUCUGCAUCGCAGCAGUGGACUCAGCAGGUGACGCAAGGCGCGUCGAGCCCGCCAGCACAACAGCAAUAUCAGCAGCCACAGCAGGGCUCUCCACAACAGAGACCCGAGAUACGGCCUUCGCGAUCUUCGUUUUUCGGGGUCAAGAACACCUUCAAUAAGGCGAUGGGGGGGAAAGGCUCGUGGUCUUGAGCAAGGUAGAUGCGUGUCAGGACUUUGCGAGUGAGCGAAUAUACCUUAUGGAAAACCGGGGCCAGAAUGGCAAGGCAACGCGCAACGGGACGAUCCGGGUGGUUGGUAAUGUACUUUGAGAGACAGAGGCUAUGCCGCCAUGCGCUGUCAACCAAGGGGUGUGUGACUGACUGACUGGAGCAUGCAUGUAAUGUUUUGUUUGAAUAGCAAGUUUGUGGCUUGGAGAAAUAGGAACUGCGCGUGUGGGGCAAUUAUGGUGACAAUGCUCGAGCGUGUGGCCUGGCAGGAUGGGUGCGUAUCGUGAUGGGCAAGGCUCAGUCAGGAC